AUGAAGGUGACAAUCAAGGAAUGGAAUGCCGUCGCGGCCUGGCGGUGGGAUAUGCCGGACGAUGACGUGUGUGGCAUUUGUCGCAAUCCGUACGACAGCACGUGCUCCAAGUGCAAGUACCCAGGCGACGACUGUCCGCUGUUGCUCGGCGAGUGCAAUCACUCCUUCCACAUGCACUGCAUCUUCUCUUGGCUGCGACAAGACGCAGCACAGGAAAAGUGCCCCAUGUGUCGCCAGCCUUUCAAGAGCAAGAACCAAGAGGCUGGCGCCACCGAAGCAGAGACGCCAGCAACGAACGCAGACACGAGUCCUAUGUGA